AUGGGCAUUUGUCCAUCGCGGCAUGUGGCAUGCAAGAGGCGUGUAGAGGAGGACGGAAGUACCACUGGCAACGUCCAGCUGGUGAUCCACAACUUGGCUGGAGAGCAGCUGUCGUUGACGCGUCCCUCAGCCUGCCAGCUGCACGAGAUCUUGGAGGCAAUCCACAAAGAAUGGAAGAUACCCAUUCUCGCGCAGCGUUUGGUGCUGAAAGAUGAAGUGGUGUCUCAAUCCUCGGGUGCCAUCGGCCGAAUCCUGGGACUGCCCAGCGGUGGUGAGGUCGAACAGCCCAAGAGGAUCCAAGAGGUAGGCAAUCAACUCUCAUUUGAAGUGCAAGAGUCUCUAGACCUCAGGCUCUUCGAUGCAGUUGCAGCUAGCGACUACGCCGAGAUCGCCGCAGCCCUGAUUGAUGGGGCUGGACCUGGAGUACCAGACCAGGAGCGAAGUCAACAGCAGUUGAAGAAUGGGGAACAUGACUCCAAGGCACCUUCGGCCUUCCUGACGGCUUUGGCCCUGAAGGAUCGCGAAGCGGAGCAGAUGCUGUGGGACGCAGAUCAGACUGAUCCUGAGUGGUCAGUUGUCGCUUUGGUAGCAGCAAUGGAACCUGUUCUUUUACCGGGCUCUUGGGGUACGUUGGAAAAGGGACAAAGGAUCCCGGCUGUCAUGACUGUGGUGUGUAGAGAUUCUGAAGGAACUCAGCACUUGGUUAGCUCCAACGACCGCAAUAUGGUGAAGAUUUGGUUACGAGGUGUGAUUCCCAAUGGGAGGGUUUUAACUGGGAUAGGCCUGUUGGUGAUUUCCAUUUACCCUCUGGUCCUUGCCAUUGACGAAGCAGCCUGGGUUGUGUCGGUCCCUGAGUGUACCUGGUCUUCCACAUGUCAGGUCAUAGAAGUCUGCGCUGGCUUGGGUGGAUUUUCCAAAGAAGCAGCGAGGGUCGGUCUGUCGGUCAUGGCAGGGGUUGAUGCUAACAAGGUUUGGACUACCCUGUUCUCGGUCAUGCAUGAAGGUGCUCAGUUUCAUGUUGGUGAUCUUGCUGAUCCACAUGUGCUUCAAGCUCUGGUUGACCAAGGUGGUUUUCAUGCAUGCAUGCUGUCAGGGGUGUCAUGCCAGCCGCACUCACGUCUUGGUGAUGGUCAGAAGUCUGCAGAUGUCCGAGCUCAGUCAUUGCCCAAAACAUUGACUCUUGCCUGGUCCCUUCAGUGCUCGGUGGUUGUCAUGGAAUGUGUCCCAGAGAUUCAGCAAGACCCUGUGGUCCAAGAGCUUUUGCGUGCGUUUGCUGUUGCCACGGGUUACAGAGUGUCUCAACAGGUCAUCCGUUUGCAGCAUGGUUGGUGCACCCGUCGAGACAGGUGGUUCUGUGUCCUCACUGCUCCAGCCAUGGGUCUCUGUCAGUUGAAGGACUUGCCAGUCAAUCCGGCCUUUCAGACCGUCCGAGAUGUUAUGCCGUGCAUUCACAGGUGGCCAGAUUUUGACCAUGCUCAGAUCCAGCUGAACUUGUAUGAGUUGGCCAAGUUUUACACGUAUGCGCCAGGGGGCAUUGAAAACCUGUUUCUCAACCCAGACGGGAAAUGCCCCACACUUUUGCAUUCAGCCGGAAACCAGCUGUAUACUUGUGCCUGUGGAUGCCGAGCUGCUUUGUCUGAGAAUCGGCUCAAGACACGUGGACUUUUUGGUCACAAUUUGAGAUUGGCGAUGGCUGGCAUUGGUCAAGCAGUUUCUCCGUUGGUGGGGGUUUGGGUCCUUGCUCAAGUGAAACAACAUGUUGAUGCCUUCUUUGCACGUCCAGUCCCAUGUGAUCCCCACCAGGUUUUGCAGCAGUACAUGGCUGAUUUGGUUCAAGCCUGCAAGGCAUGGUGGCCCCAACCCAUACCAGCCACAGUGCCAGACCUGGAAGUCUCAGAAGACCCCAUUGAAGAGGUUGUCCCAAAUGUGGUAGUUCAUGUGCUGUGGCCGUCCCAGAAGUCCAGUCCGGUGUCGGUGUCUUGUCCUGAAGGCACCACUUGUCAGCAGAUUUUGGAGGCCGAGCAGGUCUUGACCAAUUCCUUUUGUGACUUGGAAAUCAGAGCACGGGGGGAGGCAUUGGAUUUAGGCCUGGUAGUGGAAAAGGAUAUGGUUUUGGAGAUUGGUCCCAAAGGUUCCUUUGUUCAGGAGUCCAAGCCGCCUGCAACAUGUCCACUCACGGUUCAAGAUGUCAUGCCAGUGAUUUUGGAACCCCCGGGGAAUGAUUGGAAUGUCUAUGCACUCACCACCAUGCAGGAGUUGGCCAAAGUCCGUAGUGAUGAAACAACCAAGAUUGAAAGAGAAGCCAUACUGGGCCAGCAGGGCCCUAUUUGGAGUGAUGACGAACUGCUUGCAGGCCUCAACCGGAUUGCCUUAGCCACUGAUGAUGACCAACGGGUGGUUGUUUGGGACCCGUUGCUUCUUACUGGACUUGUCACAGCAAGCAAUCCAGCUACAUGGCAGGAACUGGUAGGUAGUUUGCCGACAGUUGCAACUGUUAUCACUGCGGUUGUUCUCAAUCAACACUGGUAUCCUUUGGUGUGGCGUAUGGACUCUGGUGGCGUUACCCUGUUUUCCUGCGGUGUUCCUGUUGCUGUGCAUCCGGUCUUUGAUUUCCUGACCAGAAUCGUUGGUUUGCAUCGGGAAGGAGUUGGGGUUGAAUGGAAGAACCGAGAACUGGCCUUUGCCUCGGUUCGUCACUGUGGUGCCCUUGUCCUGCUCUUUGUUCAACAUCUUUUGUGGGGUUCAGAACUCCCACAAUCUCAGGUGGAGGUUGAUCAACAGGUGGAUUUUUUCCGACGGGAUUUUCAACUUGGACUUGCGGAUCAAUGCAUGAAGCCUCGGCUUGCUGGUCUUGGACUUACGGUUGUUGAGCGUUUGAGUCAGCUUCUUGUCGAGCAUGGGGUCAGUGAAAGUGAGGGAUCUGAGCGUGCCAAACAUGUUGUCAGUGUGCUCCGAGAAGACCAUGUUGCUUCAGCCUUGGACUCCUCUAAUGCCUGGAGGGAACUGAAAUGGUUAGCCAAUCAACAGCGGCCUCCUUUGAACCUGAUCAAGCCGUCCGAAUUGCAACAUGCCAUUGAACGUAGGGGUGGCACCUUUCAAGUGGGCAACAAGCGUCAUAAGCAACCCAAGGGAAAGGGAAAGGGCCACAAACCAGUGCAGACACUGGAUGCCUCUGUCUUGCGGGUGGAGCAUGGGCUUUUUCAGAGUGCAACUGGUCAGCCAUUGUCGCAGGUUGCACUUGCAGGUUUGAGUCACAACAUGUCAGGGGUGGUCAUUGUCAACAUGGCUAUGGCAGAGGCUUAUGUCAAAGCUAACAAAUGUCUUUCUGCUGGUGCGUUGGCUUUCCUGAUUGUGGACUGUGUGUCUCCUCCUCCUACUUCUUUGGCAGUGGAAAAGGUCCGAGUCCCAUUGGUGUGUGCUGUCAAUUCGGAGCCUCUUUUGGUUGAUGCAAUGCUUGUACAACUUGGGGCGGUGACUGUGGUUCGUGCUCCUACAGUUGGGGGAUGCAAAGUCCAAGCGGUGGCCACUUGCGUCAUUAAGGCAUUGGUCUACCGUGACAUGACCAAAGUUUGGGGCAAACAGUGGAUGAAGCAAUCAUUUCAGUACUGUCCUUCAGAGCAGGCAGAGGUCUUUGGAGUUCAUCUCCGCAUUCCAGAGAUUCUUCAAUUGCAGGUGCAGGCCUACAGCGGGGUUGAAGGGGUUUUCCUUGAACCUCGGUCAUUGGAUGGUAAGCAGCCCUCAAGCUUAUUCCAAGUCAUCUGGAUGCCCAAGGCUGACUUGACUCAGCUUAUGUUGCAGAAGCAGACAGUGUCAGCGGUGUGUGGCCUAGCCAGGAUGGGAUCAAAGAUGGGUCUCCGUUGCAAAGUAGCAGAUGCAGCCUCAGUGUACGCAGUGGUCAAGCCUGGCCACAUCUUCCUCCCAUUUGGACGGAAGACAUCGUACUUGGUCGGUCCUUUUGAGUUUGGCACCCUGAAAGCCUCCGUUGCUGCAGCAUUGGCCGCUAGUGGGUGGGUUGCUCGCCCACUCCAACCAGUAGGUGCCAAAGACCAUGUCCAGGGUCUCAUGUUUCGUGUCCAUGCCAUUGACCCCCCACCAGCCAAGGUGUUGCAUAUGAGCCAUGGUGAUGUAGUUGUUACUCAGGAAGAGAUGACCGCUGCACAGCCAUCACCAGAGCCUCCGGUUGUGGCAUCCGCAGCAACGGUUGCAGCAGCUACCAGGGACAGUGAGGUGGACUUCUUGCAAGCGCAUGACCCAUGGGCACCAGCUGCUCAGAAGCUCAGCAAAGGGCCUGUGUCUUUUCAGAUGGGCAGCCCCAUGGAGGACUUGGAACAGAAAGUGGUCGCAGCCGUGUUGUCCCAGAUUCCAAAAGGUUCUAUGGAAGUGGAUGAGGAUGAGUCUCAGCCGAAGAGGGUUGCUCAGCUGGAAAAGCAGGUCCAAGAGUUGCAGCAGCAAACGCACUCCUUGGGGCAAACCAUUCAACAGCAUGCCAUGGAGCACACCCAACAGCUGCAGGAAGUGCAUGCCCAGGUGCACAAGCAAAACACCCAUUUUGAGGCUGCCAUCCAAGCCCAGGCGUCGCAAUUGCAUGGAUUUCAAGAAUCUUUCCAAGACCAGUUCAGGCAGCAAACGGCACACCAACAGACCAUGCUGGAUAGUAUGUUUCAAAAGCAGAUGGCACAAUUUGAGGGUGAUUUUGUGAAGAGCGAGGGUGGUUGGAAUUGGACUUGUACCACCACUCGCGAGCUGCCUGGUCACAAGUGGAAGGGCAUGCAAGCUUUGAAAUCGCCCUACAAGUACCUGGUUCCAGGGCAUCCGUGUCCAGUCCGCCGACAUGGGGAGGUCCGUUUGGCUCAGACCAGGUAUCAAUUUGGCAAGGCUAAGAGAGCUGGGGAUCUUAACAUGGUUUUCCGCGACUGCAAGGAGUCACCACCUCCGGUUGUUGACACAUUGCUGGACAGAAUUGAGGCUCAGGUUGAAGAGGUGCGAAGUGAAGACCUGUCUCUUGUGCUUGUCAGCCCAGUGGAUUUUCUGCCAGGGCUUCCGGUUGUUGUCGCAGGGCGGGUGGUUGAAGUCUUAGCACAUGCACAUGACCAAGUGUGGGUAAGUCAUGUUGAUGGCAUUGAGCCAGGUGCCACUUUGACGCAGGAAAGGGUGGUAAUGUCCGACAUGGACAUUCUAGCUCGCUUCAGGGGAGUGUGGGAACCACGAUGGAACAAGAUGUCCCAUGUAGUCCCUGGCCAGUGGGAGCAGAUCUGCAACUUUAUGGAAAGGGUUUUGCCUGCGGUGACCUGGACUUUUGAACCAUGGACUUCUGAUCGUUUUGUCGAGGUGGUUAACCAAAAAAAACGUACGGCAGCUAAGGGACCAGAUGAGGUGUCACAGCCUGACCUUGCAGCUUUGCCAGCUUCUGCGUGUCAAGCCAUGGUGACGUUGUUUCAGCAGGUUGAGGCAGGUCAAACAUGGCCUGCCCAGGUGGCCAGUGGGUUUGUGGCCAGCCUUGCCAAAACCAGUGAUGCCCAAUCGGUGGAUGAGUAUCGCCCGGUUACUGUCUACAGUCUUCUGUACCGCACCUGGUCUUCUGCACGGGCGCGAGAAGCACUUCGCACCUUGGCUCAGUGGAUCCCCAAUAGUGUGCAAGGUGGCCUCCCUGCCAGACAAGCCAAACAGAUCUGGUACACCAUGGCUCAGCAGCUUGAAGAUGCCUUUUUGGAUGACCUUCCUUUGCAUGGACUGCUGAUGGAUGUUUUCAUAGAUGACUGGGGGGUUCUCUUCACAGAGCAUGAACACUUCCACAGGGUUUGGCAGGCCAUGUUGGACUUCACCGGCCUCUUGGACUUGGAAUUGGACUUGCGGAAAACUAAAGUGUGGAGCACACAGCAUGCAGCCAGGAAAGAACUCCGACACCAACAGCCACUGCAGGUUGCUCUCACAGCCCGAAAUCUUGGUGCACACCAAAAUUUUUGUCGUCAUGCAUGGAACUCAAUUUUGCUGGCACGUCUGAAGGCUAUGCCUGAAGUGUUUGGUCGUUUGCGGGCUAGCUUGGCACCUUACCAGGCAAAAAUGCGAGCAGUGCGGGUUAUGGCCUGGCCAAAGGCUCUUCAUGGGGUCUCCGUUGUCAUGGUAGGCAAGUCACACAUGAAGGUCUUGCGAACAGCUGCAAUGCGGGGGUUAGGGGCUGAGCGGAAAGGAGCGAACCCAAUGCUCCAUUUGGCUAGCAACCACCUUGAGGCAGAUCCCGAAGCGUGGAGCAUAGUGCAGACUUUUAGGGAUGCAAGGGUGCUUGGUUGUCAUGACAGACUGGAGUUUAUGCUAGGCCUGUUUACAUGUGAUGACCAAAGGUUUCCAGGCAAUGGCCCCACUGCAGUUUUGGCCUCGAGAAUCCAGCGGCUUGGGUGGGUCAUCGGCGGUAAUGGACUUAUCCAAGAUGGGUUGAGCACUUUCAGUCUUUUCCAAAUCAGUUGGGAUGAACUCUGGCUGCGCACUGCAUUGUCAUGGGGUCGGGUUAUGCAUGUGGAAGUCCAACACCGCCCUACUUUCCAGGGCAUUGACUUAGCUGAUAUCUUGGAAUCUCAAUCGGCUUUGUCCUCUUUUGGUGCUGCAGACCAGGUCUAUCUGCGAUGUCACUUGGAUGGGACACUCUAUACACAGAAUGGCCGAGCACACUUCCAAGAGGGCGUUACGGGCCAGUGUCCCUGGUGUUCACAGAAGGUGGUCGAACUUUUUGUGGAUGGCACAGCUGCCAACCCAGGCGAACCCAAACUCAGGAAUGCAGCAUGGGCGGUCACGACGGCUCAACUGGGCAGCCUCAACAAUGAGGUCCUCCUGGGCGGUCAUGUUCAAGGGCUCAGUCAAACGCCCUUUCGGGCGGAACUCACAGCAAUGGUUGCAGCUCUCCAGUGGGCGCGGCAGCAGAAUGUUCGGGUGCGCAUUUGGACAGACUGUUUGGGAGUUUUGAAGGGUGUGAGACGCAUCCUGAAUGGCUCGCCAGUGCGGAGGAACCGAGCUCACUCAGACUUAUGGGGUCAGAUUGCUUCCUUGUGUGACGACUGGAACGUUGAUCAGAUUCAGCUGGUGAAAGUGGUCUCGCAUGGUAGCAUCAGGGCUGCCACAUCUCCUCUGGAGGAGUGGGCUUACUGGCACAAUGGUUUGACAGAUGCAGCGGCAGCCUACUUGAACGACAAACGGCAUCCUGGUUUUUGGAAAGCAUGGGAGGGUUUGGCACGAGCACUAUUUUUUAACCGGAAGUUGCAUCGUGCCAUUUUGAAGGUGCUUUUACAGACUGGCAGGAAAGCUCAUAUGGAGGAGCAACGGAAUGCUGUGGUCCCUGCACAUGUUCCGCGGGUCUUGCCAGUUCGCCUGGGGCCGCCACCAAGGGCACCUGCGCAUUGGGUAUUUCCCAAGAAGAUGAUCAAGCGUUAUGGUGAGCUCAAUGUCAGAAUGGUCCACGAGUGGUGGUCCUCAGUUGGUCGAACCUUUUUGGAAGGUGUCAGAACAGAUCAGACUGACAAGAGCAAGGUGAGAAUCAUCGACUUGCGGCAAGCCUUGGCAACCCGUAGCCUGCCACAAGCCGUGAAGUGUUUGGCCCAUGGGGCUGAUGUCAACACCUGGUUGAGACGAGGCGAAGGUGUCAUGGACACCUUUGGCGCCCCGAUUGUGAUCCCAUCUUACAUGGAUGCUUCUGGAGAUGCCUACAUUCUGGCUUCAUCUUGUAUGAAGAGCUCCAGCUACGACUUUUUGAAUGCCAGGGCUGAGUUGGCAUUUCCAAUUCUGACGGUCUGUCAUUUGACGGGAUUCCAACCUGUUGACCUCUCCGGUGGCGGCACUGCGACGCUGGGCCACACAGAGGCGGCUGAGCUGCUGCGAACGAUCCAUGAGGAACUGCGGAAGGUGGAAGAUGCAGUAGGCAUCACCAAUGCUAUCUUCGUCUCCCUGCAUGGAGGGAAAGGCUUUGAUUCUGCUUCUGACACGGACACGGCCAUGCUGUAUUCCGCGAAGGGUGACUGUUCGGUGGAACUGAUGAAGACCGGAAUGUUGAAGGAUGUGAACAAACGUUGCGUUGAGUUAGACCAAGAGUUGGCAAAGAGGAUCUCUGAUGGCGAGAUUCAAGGCUUGAUCUGCAUUUCCUGUGAUGUGGACCUCCAUGCCUCCACCCUGCGUGCCGCUGCGGCGACGAAGAUUCCCGUCACAGGUAGUGGAGGCACCAGCCUCUCCGCCGCGUCUUCGAGGUUUGGGAUUCAGCUGGUGGGCAAUGCCGGUGGAUCGGUGGCCACCACUUCAUACACCCGGGCCGUUUCGUAUACCUAUGCUUUGGCAACUGCUUGGAUGAAGAAGUACCAUGCCCUGAGUUCAACUGGCCAGAAGCCUCAAGUGACCAGUGUCCUUUGUGCUUGUCUCCCAGCUUUUUGGGCAGUUGCCCUGACCUGUCGAGUCUUGAAGCUGCUAAUGCGGUCAAAUCUCAAUUGGUGGCCGGAGAGUUGCUUAUUUUUGCUGCAAACACACGCAUUGCCUACGGUGUGCAGCGUGAUUACAGCGACCUCUCUAGCCCCACAGCAUGGCUCAACGGUGUUGAUGUCCUCAGCCAUCGCCUCCAUUGUGUGCGAGAAAUCCAUCCUUGGAGGGCUUUUGGCCGGGUACCUGGUGGCAUUUUCUGCUACCUACGUGUUGCAUCGAUGCAUCCUUUUGAACAUCCCUGCCACCAUGACCAACAUGAUUUUGGCCGGGGGAAUGGGAAGCGCCGUGGCACUUCUGAUUGCUCCAAGCAUCUCGUACUUGCAGCUGAUCACUGGCUACAUACGUCAAGCUAUCCACCUGUGCAUGAGUGGAACGAUCCAGGGAGUUGGAGGUGUCAUUGGUGCACUGUUCUGUUGGGGCAGCAAAUAUGGCUACUACCAUUCCAUUUGCUUACCUUUGAUCUUGGUAGAGAUGGAACUGGGCGAAGCUGCUCUUUGUGGAUCCAUUGAUGAAGCGACCUUGGUGUGCGUUUCUGCUGGCAUUUGUUUGGCCAAUUUGAUCGUGACGCCCAGCUUUGAGGACCAGGGGAAGGAAGAAACCCUUCAGUUGAGUCGCAGAGGUCUCUGCAUCAACCUUUUGUUUGGCGACUUCAUUGAGGUUGCCUAUCCAUUUAUGGAGAAGAGUUUGCUUGUGAACCUGGCUGGUUAUGUGGCCAGUGGCCUUUCAGUUGAGCUGCUGACCGGAAAUUCGGAAGACGUCUUGAGCAGUGCUUACUUGCCCUUGCCCGCGGCAAUCCUCUUGGCGCGGGAUCCGCUGAGAAUUUCCCGGGCGUAUUUUGCAGCUUUCUCGGUGAGCUUCGCAGGAGCGUUGCUCAACAACUUUCUUUCGACGACGGCCAGAGAUGCCUCACCAUGCUCACCUGUGAAGAAAGAUGAAUGA